GUAACCAAGGUUGAAAGGACUCCCGCAGGACCAGCGUUAUCCUCCUUCCAUCAUCUUCGGUUUCUUCGAGCCCUAAACUCAACCCCAACUACUCUAUUUAGCCCUGUAAGCACUUCAGAGUUCAGACGUUAUUGUUGAACUGAGGGGUUGUAAAUUGGGGGUUGUUGAAUGUAUUAACUGCCAACUUGCUCCGACUUUGAUCAUAAGAAUGUAUUUAUCUUCAUCUUUGUAGUGUCACUGUGUACGCAGCAGUCAAAGUGACACCUUGGGCAUACCUUCUGCUGGUGAGAUUGUUGAAUGUUUUCCAUAUUGUUGUGGGACAUUGGAGUUCAUUAAGGAUUGUAUGUUCGAGAAGAUGAGCAGGAUUAGUCGGCACAAAGAAAAAUAUGGCACUGCAAAUGAGCUUUCAAGGGAUAACUCUGAGGAAGGGACUGCUGCUCGGACAAGACCAUUUAGCUUUGAAGAAAUAAUGCUAAGAAGGAAAAGCAAGAAGCUGGCUGCAGAUGCUGAAGAUAGAGCUGGAGAACUGGGGAAGUUAUCAGGGAAAAACAAUGUCGAAAGUGUUGCUGGCCAUUCUGAAUCUGAUCGAGGUUACAAGCGAACCCUUGAUGUCAAGAAGCAUGAUUUGGAGGAUAAGAAAGCUUCCAAAAAGAAAGAAGGAAAUGCAUCCAGAAAGGAAGACAAUCUACUUAAAAUUAAAGGUAAAGAGAUCCAUGAUAUAGAUGCCAACUUGAAGGUGAAAUCAAACAAAGAUUCAACCAGUGGAGCUAAAUCAGACAAGAGUGAGAAAAGGAGUCGUCACAGAAGCAGAAAUGAUGACCGAUCAAGGGAUGAUUUUGAAAAUGAAUUUGAGAAGAUGCGUCUCAAAGAGACAAUGGGGAAGGACAAAUAUGUAGACAGAGAUAGGGGAAAAUCUGAAAGAGAAACCAAAAGAAAGCACCAAAAUGGGGAUCACCAGGAAAGUAGGUUAGAAAUAACAGGAAAUGAUGGAAAGAAACGUGAUUCAGGAAAAUGGCAUGAUUCAGAAUAUUCAGAAAAACGGGCCAGGAAGGAAUCGUCUCAAUCCCAUUAUGAAGAAGUGAGGCCGAAAAGGAGAAACUCAAGAAGUCGGGAACAUGAUAGGGACAGAGACAGGAGAUCACCCUCAGUCUCCCCAAGAGUACACAAGCGUACGUCUUAUCAUGGUCAGGAUCAUGGAGAGACAGCAUUUCGUUCCUUCAGAGAUAGGUCAUCAAAGCAGUAUUCUGAUGUUGACAGGUAUAGAACAUCUAGUAAUGGAGGACAUUCAAGUAGUCAUUAUCGACGGCAUGGUGGGCAUUCGAGUGGGCUUGGUGGUUAUUCACCACGUAAGAGAAGAACUGAGGCUGCUAUUAAGACUCCUUCCCCAACCACUCGUUCUCCAGAGAGGAAAAAUCUUGGGUGGGAUCUUCGGCCUGCUGGAAUGGACAACAUUUCUUCUACUUCAGUGUCGAUUAAUUUCCAACCACCAGACCAGACUACCUCAUCAAAUUCACAAGACUUGCCUAGCGCUUCUCCAGUCAUAUCGAAUGUGACAAAAUUGUUGUCUGGGGCUUCCCAAAAUGUCACAUCAAUGAUAAAGAAUGUCCCUGUUGACUCGAUUCAACUCACACAGGCAACUCGGCCUAUGAGAAGGCUUUAUUUAGAAAAUGUACCAGCUUCAGCUUCUGAGAAAGACUUAAUGGAGUGUCUUAAUGGUUUCUUGUUGCCAAUGGGUGUUAAUCAUAUCCAAGUAAUGAACCCAUGCAUCAGUUGUAUUAUAAACAAGGAGAAGGGGCAAGCUGUUGUGGAAUUUCUUACACCAGAGGAUGCUACAUCAGCUCUUUCUUUUGAUGGCAGAUCCUUUUCCAGUUCAAUUCUUAAAAUUAGGCGCCCCAAAGACUUUGUUGAACCAGCAACUGGUGCCCCAGAGAAACCUGUGGCCUCAGCUGAUGCAACACCAGACAUUGAUGCAAUACCUGACAUUAUUAAUGAUUCACCACAUAAGAUAUUUGUUGGUGGGAUUCCAAGGGGUCUUUCAUCUAAUAUGUUCAUGGAGAUUGCAAGUGCCUUUGGACAUUUGAAGGCAUACCGCUUUCAGGUUGAUAAGGAUCUGAAUGAACCAGUCGCUUUUUUGGAGUAUGUCGACCAGUCAGUCACCCAUAAGGCAUGUGCUGGACUGAGUGGGAUGAAGUUAGGAGGACAAGUCCUAACUGCUGUUCAAGCUUUUCCUUAUUCAUCCAGAAAGGAAAAUGGUGAACAUUCUGAGAGGCCACCAUUUUAUGGUAUCCCUGAGCAUGCUAAACCACUUCUGGAGAAGCCCACGAAAGUGUUGAAGCUUAAAAAUGUGUUCAAGCCUGAGGACCUCUCUUCUCUAUUUGGACUCGAGCUGGAAGAGACUUUGGAAGAUAUACGGCUAGAGUGUGCCAGGUUUGGCACUGUCAAGUCUGUUAAUAUUGUCAGGAACAACAGCACAUCAGAAAAGGUUGAAGUCCCUGUUGAAGUUGAUACAAGGGGGGCCUCACAAUACCCAGAGGGUGAUGAUGGCACCAAUAAAACAGAAAGCAUAGAGGGAGACAUUGCCCUCAACUUUGGAGUUAAUAUCAUGGUGGAGCCUUCAGAAAAUGACAAAGAACUCCAAGGUGGAAAUGCAGGAAAUAACUGCACUAGUGAAGACAAACCUGCAUCUGAUACCGUAGAGACCAAAUCAAGUGAACCAGUUCAACUUGAUGAUAACAACAUGGCUUUUGUAGAAGCACCAUGUCAGAUGGAUACUGAUGAGACUUCCCAAGAAGCUCCUAACCAGUUGAAUACGGUAAAACAUCAAUCAGACUACAACAACAAGGGCGCUGAUGUUCAGGCCAUGGAAUCUGGCCCGGGAAACGAUUUGAUGGUUGAAGAAGAAUUGGGACCAGAGGAAUCCACCGAUGACAAAUUGCAAGAAUCAUCUAUUGGAUUGAAUGAUGAUGUUGGUAUGGAGUCAGGUGAUCUUGAAGAAGGUGAUGGUAAGCAGAGGGCUAGUGAUCUUGAUGAUGUCUUUGAACACGGGUCUAUUCUUGUUGAAUAUCUAAGAGCAGAAGCUUCCUCCGUGGCAGCACAUUGUCUACAUGGGCGACUCUAUGGGGACCAGGUUGUGGCAGUGGGUUACAUUUCUCACGAUCUCUAUCUGGCGAGGUUCCCAAAGUGAGUGUCUGAUAUCAGUUGCAGCUUGGUAAGACCCACUGUGGGCUUACAUGAUGUCUGGUGGGUUCACUCCAUUCACUAUGCAAAAAAUUGGGUUUCAUUCUUGGGGUAAUGAUGCUUGGUUGGUUGUGGGGGAGGGAUGGAUCUUUGGGUUGAAGGAUGCCAGUGGCGAUACUCGCUAAUGAGAAUUUAGAGUUGGUUUUGUGGAAGGAAAUGGGUGAGGGCUCGAGGUCUUUCAUUUUGUUGUGAGAUUAUGGUCAGGAGGUUUGAUCUAUAACCCGUUCGAUUAUCUUUGAUAUUCCCAGUUCAGCAUUUUGCAUCUCAUUUAUUUAUCUAUUGCCAAAGAACUCAGGUUACAAGCAUUAUGGCAAUUCUGCGAUUUAUAUUGAUUGGAAUUGCAUUCUGAUCACUAUUGCGGUCUGUGAUUGGAACAACUGAGGAUCAUGGAUAGAUAACCUGAAACUAAA